UGUUGGACGAUAUGUCAAACCUUGCCCGUGGACUGGCCUGAUUUUUGGGCUAGGGCACAAUGAACGGCAACUCAAAAUUUUCUUGAGUUCAACAUUUCCAACUUAAGAAUUUCAAGGAGUUUUGGUUAUUGUGCAGGUGCUAACAAUUUAAUACCAAUGGAAAUUGCUCUUAAGAUUGCAAACAAGAUCAAAGUGAAUGAGAGAUUUUCUGCCUAUAUAGUUAUCCCAAUGUGGCCUGAAGGUGAUCUAACAAGUGUUCCUACACAGAGGAUUCUUUUUUGGCAGAAUAAAACAAUGCAAAUGAUGUAUGACAUAAUUUAUAAGGCCUUGGAAGAGGUUGGGCUCGAGAAAACAUAUGUGCCGCAAGAUUAUUUGAAUUCUUUCUGCCUUGGCAAUCGUGAGGCUGCAGAUGGAACCAAUGCUUCAUGUGGAAGUCCUGCAAACACUCCCCAAGUAAUUCUUUUGUUCCUGAAGCGUUUUUUGUAGUUUUAUAUUUCAUGACCUUUUCCUUUCUCUUUUGUUUCGUGGGUAAGCUGGAAUCAAGCCCAUGACUUCAUUCUCGUAGUCUUUCUCUUUACCACAUGGACAUUGGGUAUGGUUUGAAACUUGGAGCUGAGACUCUGUAUUCUACUGAGUCACUCAAUUUUUCUAGAAACCAAGCACCGAAUGAUGCAGUAAACUCACUUUGUGCUCGUGUGGUUUGAUUCUGGCUUAAUUAUUGACUUGGUUAGGAACCAACUCAA